UCAGCCCCUCACCCUCGCCCCUUCCCCGUGACCUGCCUGCCACGUAUAAAACUGCGGCGCCAGCUCCUCUCAAAACUCUACGCGAGGCAGGCGGUACGUAGGUGCGUUACGCUCCCGAGCUCUUCCCCCCAAAAAAAGCAGGAGUUAAGAUGUUCAGAACUACAAGGUCCCCAAUGAUGCAACCCCUGGUCAACUCAGGAAUGGGCAUGGCACCCUUCUUCAAGGUGACCGUGUUCGAGCAGGAGCAUUUUCAGGGCAAGUGCUUGGAGUUCACCUCCGAGUGCGUCAACAUCCAAGAUUGUGGUUUGGAUAACAUCCGAUCCAUCAGGGUGGAGAGCGGCGCCUGGGUUGGUUUCGAGCACCACGACUUCCAAGGCCAGCAGUUCAUCCUGGAGAGAGGAGAGUACCCCCACUGGGACUCCUACAGCGGCUCCAUCUCCUACCAUGUGGAGCGUCUCAUGUCGCUGCGCCCAAUCUACUGCGCUUCUCACCAGAGCAGCCGCAUGAUCAUCUUCGAGAAGGAGAACUUCAUGGGCCGCAGCGUGGAGGUCUGUGAUGACUACCCCUCUCUGCAGGCCAUGGGCUGGUUGGCGCCUGAGGUGGGCUCCAUGCACGUGCAGUGUGGCGCCUUUGUGUGCUACCAGUUCCCGGGCUACAGGGGCCAGCAGUACAUCAUGGAGUGUGAGAGACACAGUGGCGACUACCAGCACUGCAAAAACUGGGGCUCCCACUGCCAGACACCCCAGAUUCAGUCCAUCAGGCGCAUCCAGCACUGAGAGGGGGACACACACCAAGGCUGGAACAACAGCUUCUGUGCCCCCCUCCUCCCCACCUCCUCAUCCAUUACCAUGGUCUACAUCUCCAGGCCACUCCACACCUCUUUGUGUGAUAAGAGACAAUAUGGCACUGUUAAAGCACUGGAACGACACACACACACACACACACACACACACACACACACACACACACACACACACACACACACACACACACACACACACACACACACACACACACACACACACACACACACACACACACACACACACACACACACACACACACACACACACACACACACACACAGAUAGCGAUGACACCCAGGAAAGGUGUCUUUUUAUUUGGUUUGAGGGUCAGAUCCACGAACACACGCCUGAGUGGGAGGUGAAGGCCGCUUACGGGUACACCCUCUAAGGUCAAGUGCAGCUCAGGUGUGCUCUUUUUGUGCAGCAAAUAAACUCAUUUUCACCUCAAAAAA